GCGCUCCUCCUCUUUCAAGCUUCCCUAACACUUCCUCUCUAACUCGCUCUUUCUUUUCACUUGAGUGGCAUUUCGCUCCGCGUGUGUGUCCCUCCUAUUUUCAGAUAUACAUCCGCCUUCGCGCCUUGUUUUAGCAUAUCCUCAUUGCCCCUUCUUGUUUUGUCGCUCUCUGUACUGCCUGCUUUCACUCGAGAUUCUCAACCUUCGCGCUGUCACCGAAACUUCUACGCCUCCCGCGUGAGCACUGCUUUCAUCCUCUUUUCAUAUCUUUCACGUGCAUUGCUGCCGCUCUCUCUUCACCGAUUCUUUUGUUGUUGUAGCUCGAUCUUUUUACUUCUCCCCACUUCCGUCUCGAUGAGUAACCAUGACGUCGCUCUGAGCAACGCCAAUCACUACAACAACGUGAACUACACGGAGCUGGUGCCCCUGUCCACCAUCGCCCAGAUCCAUCCGGCGCACACCAACAGCGAUGUUACCGUUACGCAGGACGGCGUGACGGUCACCACAACGGUGUCCGCGACGGCUCUGAUGACGCCGACCGCUGCCACACCCGCGGCACCGGUCCCGCCGAGUGCCUUCGAUGAUGCCGCACAGCAGCGCCUGUUGGCUCGCAAGACAGCGUUGCUGGAGAAGUACCACAUGUGUCCGCAGUCGGCCGACCGCGUUGCCCAGCAGCGCCGCCAGCACGAGGUCAGCCACCUGCGCGAUCGCGAGGGGAGCGAUGUGGUCGUGCCGCCGCCGUCUGCUGUCUCCCCUACGGACUGCAACAAAAACAGCAGCAACUACACGGGGGCCGUCUCUGUCGCGGGCUCACCCAUUUCCCCUACGGACCCCACCGCCAGCUGCCGCGGCCCCGUCGCCGCCAGCCAGGACCUCGUCGAUCUCUUCUUCUUGGAGGGCAGCGAUGCCGUCAACGGGAUGAACUUCUCCGCCUACCCCAUCUACGGCGAGCGCACCGCCGCACAGCGCCGCGAGGCCGUUCGUGCGGUGUUGGAGAAGUACGGCGUGGAGCUGCAGCUGCCGGCCUCCCCGGCCACCCCGGCCGCGGCCGCGCACCGCCAGCGCCGUCCCCCGCACGCCGUCGUCUCCCGCGACGGCGUCGAGACGCGUGAGCAGUACUGGCGCCGCCUCGCAAGUGUGUACAUCCGGCGGGGCAUCACGGCGGCGGCCACCGCGGCAGCCGCAGCGACGAGGCCCGCCUACGAGCCGGAGGAUCCGUUCUACGUGAUCGACCUGGGUCGUGUGGUGGAGCAGAUGGCCCGCUGGCGUCACGAGCUGCCGAUGGUGCGGCCGCACUUCGCCGUGAAGUGUAAUCCAAAUGUGGCCAUCAUGGAAGUCCUCGGCGUCUUGGGUGCGGGCUUCGACUGCGCCUCGAAGGACGAGAUCCACGUCGUGCUGGACAACCACCUCGUGGCCUCCGCGGACGACAUCAUCUUUGCGAACCCGUGUAAGCAGCUCGGUGAUCUGCGCGAGGCCCACGCCUGUGGAGUGACGUACGUCACGGUGGACAACAUUGCGGAGAUGGAGAAGAUCGGCCGCGUGAUGCCGUCGGCCCGUGCGGUGAUCCGAAUCAAGACGAACGACGCCGCCGCGAAGUGCGCCUUCUCGUCGAAGUUCGGCGCGGGCCUGGACGAGGUGGAGGGCCUCCUGCAGGCGGCCCGCCAGUUCAACGUCGAGGUCUACGGCGUCAGCUUCCACGUCGGCAGCGGCAACGGCGACCAGUCCGCCUACGUCUCCGCGGUGCGGGACGCCCACCGCGUGUUCCAGAUGGCCGCCGGCUACGGCUUCAACUGCACCCUGCUGGACAUCGGCGGGGGCUACCCGGGCACGGAGCCGCAGCCCGGCGGCGGUGAGACGUCUUUCGAGACCAUCGCGCGUGCGAUGCGGCCGGUGCUGGAGGAGCUGUUCGGCGGCGGUGACGUGACGAUCAUCAGCGAGCCCGGCCGCUACUUCACGGCGGCGACGCACGCCCUCGCCAUGAACGUCUUCGCUGCCCGCAAGGUCCGCCUGUCGGACGCCGAGAAGGAGAGCUGCAAGGCCUUCCAGAACGUGGUGAACAUGGACGAACCGGAGGAGUACCAGUACUACGUCAACGACGGCCUCUACCACAGCUUUAACUGUAUCGUGUUUGACCACGCACACCCGACGCUGCUGCUGUUGAACGAUGGCGAUGGGGCGGAUGCGGAGGAGCGCAGCGAGGACGCUGCAGCCGGCAACGCCAGCGCCGACGACGACGCGAUCGGCGAGGUCACCGUGGACGGUGUGCCGGCGAACGACUCCCUCUUUACCUCUGCCUGGGACCGCCGCCACAACCUCCCGCGUCGCCCGCUGCGCCUUACGACCAUUUUUGGCCCAACUUGCGACUCGAUGGACUGCAUUCUGAAAAAGCAGCCGUUCCCGGAGAUGAAGCUGGGCGACUGGCUGCUGGCGCCGGACAUGGGCAGCUACACCACGGCGGCCGGGUGCCCGUUCAACGGCUUCUCCACGCGUCGCCGCGAGUGGGUCUCCUCCGUCACCAUGUAG